ACGCGAGACACCUCUGCGAGAAGGUGUCUCAGAGUGCUGCUCUUCAAAACAGAGACCUUUUUUUCUCUCUCUCUCUCGCUCUCAGUCGUUCUACUUUUCUCGUAUGUGUCAGUUCGAGAGCAAUGUGUAUCAGUCAUUUCUAAAGUGAGACGAGAGUAUAUUAAUCCAUUUGACUGCGUCUACUGUGAUUUUUUUUCGUAACAGUAAUAUGAAAGAGUGAACAUAUAAUAUAAUAAUACAUUUCAACAUGUUUUCAAAGCUGCUCUUCGUGUGGUGUUCGGUGCUGGCAGCCACACGGGCACACUUAAUUCCCUAUAACCUCGGGGGAACCGUUAUCAUGGUGGACAGUGAGGCGCUGAAAUACAACUCUCCUCUUCUGGCCCAUUUGGAAAAUGGGAUGCCCACACGGCAGGGCCCUGAGAACUCAUCGAGCGAAAGCCAUUCUGAGACACUGGGAACGAUCUCAGAUGAUCAGCUGAAAACAGAAAGCAAUUUCAAUGUCCAAGAAACGCAGACACUAAGUUCAGCAGAAAGUGAUUUCAGAAAGGACACUCAGGGGAAUUUGGAAAUCAGUGUUUUAGAUGAGGGUCAGGAAGUGUACCCUCUGCCCACCUACCAUUAUGAACCUGCUCAGCCCAUUGGGUGGAAGGAUGCGGCGGGAAUUUACUUGGGUGAACAAAAAGUGCCCCUUGUGUCGAAUAACCAGCCUUCUUUGUAUUACUCGGUAGAAAACCCAGACGAGAGCCAUGUUUCAGAGACAAUCCACAAGAUAAUAACUUCGCUGAACCAAAAUACAGCCGACAUCAAACUGAACGAUCGAGCUCCAGUUCCCUUGAUCCCACCUAUUCCAGAUGCUCAAAGCUUUGUCAAUCCAGUCCAGACUACUCACUUCCCCUCUCAAGAAAGUGAUCAGUCGACUGACAGCUUCCUGAGUCAUACUUUCUCACAAGCUGUUGCCAGUGACUCAGAUUUGGGGGGUUCUGUCGUCGACAGCGUGACGGUGUUAGGAGAUAACGUUCGCACUCAUAUCUAUCAUGAGCAUCAAACGCUUGGCGAUGAUGGGGAUACUCAUCGCAGUGACAACAUACCAACACCUCCAAGUGAAAACAGUGGUCAGGAAACUACAACUAGCUUUGGACUCUUCCAGGCAUCCCAAGCUGAUCGUGAAGAUCUUGAGACUGUGACAAAGAUCGCAGAGGACAGCAACAGUCCUUCUGUCACUAUUGUUAGCGAUAGUACUGAGCAACCAAACUUUGAUGGUACUACAGAGCAGCCGUUGGAGGAUCAGACUACUGAAAUAGCUUUGGAAGAAAUCCUAACCCAGAAGGAGGAAGCCAUCAUCGCGGAUCUGCAAGAAGAAACUGACAUCAAGAAAGAAGAAGAAGAGCACCAAGUUGCACUUCAGGAGGCAAUGGCUGAUAUAUUUGGAAGUCUAUUUGCAUCUGAACCUGAGGAGUCUGCGAAAGAAGACAAAACACCUGCAAGCGAUGCUGAUUCAGAAAGCUCAGUAAAUUCUAAAAAUUCAAAUCAUACAGUGGUGCAACAUCACCCUGACACAAAUUCAGGGGUACAUUCAGGUUCAACAGAACAAGAGGAUUCCUCUUUAUCUGAACUCAGUGAUAAAGAAGAUACAUCUUCAGCUGUUGAAGCUCAAGAGGACUCUGACGCAUCUAACUUUAAUGACCACGAAGAAACACAAGCCUCAGAUUCACAGACACCCACAGACCUUGCUGCUCCAGAAGAUUUAAAGAACUCUAAUGAUGAUCAAGAAAACAAGGAACAAGAAACCGACUUUCCAUUGCCAUUCGAUCUUUUUAAAGAAGAGGAUAUGAAUAUACCGAACAAAGAUGGGGAAGAAAAUGUGCAAAAUGACAAAGUUUCCCUAGAUCAUUCAAAUCUUUCACCACAAGAGGAUUCAGAUGUGUCAACUGUUGAUAAGCAAGGAACAGAUUUACAAACACCUUCAGAUGUGGACCAAGAAGAUAUAAAUAUGUCUAAUGCUGAUGAGCCAGAAGGGAUACAACAGGAUGCAGGUUUCCCAGUACCAUUAGACUUUAUUGCCCUCGAAGAUUCAGAGAUGUCUGCCACUGAUGAGGAAGAAAGUAUACAACAGGAAACAGACUCGUCAGUUCAUUCAGACCCUACCAUUCAAGAAGAUUCAAAUAUGUCUGCUGCCAGUGAUCUUACUGUCCAAGAUGAUUCAAGUAUGUCUAAUAAGGAUGCAGAGGAUAAAACACAUCAGGAAUCAGACUUGCCAGCACCUUUUGAUCUAACAGCUCAUGAGGAGGAUUCAGCUGUAUCUAACAAUGCAGAGCUAGGUGGUACCCACCAACAAGAGGAAAAUGAGACAUAUGAGCCUUUUGGUCUCCUUGGUAUCUUCAGUGGUCAAAAUGACGGGACUGAAGAGCAGACCUCCCACUCUGAGACUGUUGAUGACAGUGGUAAUGGUGAACCUUCAACAGUAAAUGAAAAUAACAACACCAGUGAGCAAAGCAUCUUGAGUACUUUGUGGUCUUACUUCCCAAAUACGAGAGGCGAACCAGAAAAGGCAACCGUUACUGAAGCCCCUCAAGUGCCCCAUCACUCUCAGGCAGCUAUGAAUCCUCUGCCAAUCACUGGAGACCAAGCAGCUGGAAUCUACAUCGACGACAAAAAAGUUUACAACAAACAACCAGAUGAUCAACCCUCUCAGUACUCAACACGGCACGACCCGCCUGAACACGACGACGGACUCCUCACCUGGUUUGACGACGAACCUAUCAAGAUUUUUGACCGUGAAGUAGCUUCUGAUGCUUCAGAAGUGGCUAACACUCCUGAAGAGGCUACAUCUCCUGAAGAAGUUAUCACCCCUGAAUUAGCUAACACACAUGAAGAAGGUAACACCGCUGGAGUAGCUAACACUGCUCAAGCAGCUAAUGCUGUUGGAGUACCUAACACUGCUCAAGCAGCUAACGCUGCUGGAGUACCUAACGCUGCUCAAGCAGUUAACACUGCUCAAGCAGCUAACACUGCUGGAGUACCUAACACUGAUGGAUUACUUAACACUGUUCAAGCAACUAACACUGUUGGAGUACCUAACACUGCUGAAGCAGUUAACACUGCUGAAGCAGCUAACACUGCUGAAGCAGCUAACACUGCUGGAGCAGUUAACACUGCUCAAGCAGUUAACGCUGCUGGAGCAGUUAACACUGCUCAAGCAGCUAACACUGCUCAAGCACCUAACACUGCUGGAGUGCCUAACACUCCAGAAGAAGGUAACACUCCUGAAGAGCAGGAGGUAUCCGAAUCAUACCCGCCUGGCCCAGUUGACCUGAGAGACACACACAAACCCAUUGACAACACGAUUCCUGUGGGACGGCCUGGUACUGUGGGCCGACCAGCCAUACCUGGCAGCGUAGGAGGCGGCGCACCCAAACCAAAACCUUUCAGUGAUGUUGAUGAAACUGGAGCGUUCGACGACGACUUUGCUGAGGACCAAGCCAAUGUCACGAUCAACACAGGAGGUGCUGUGUUCCACAGCGUCGUACCGGACCUCCUCCACAAGUCUACUUGUCGAUGCGGCAUCAGAUUCAACCAGAAGAUCGUCGGGGGCGACCCAACGGACAUCGACCAAUACCCGUGGAUGGCGGGCAUCACGACCAAGUCGGACGACUUCACCUUCUGCGGAGGAUCGUUGCUCAACGACUUGUACGUCCUCACGGCCGCCCAUUGUCUCUACCAGCAGUAUCCUGACGAUAUAUACGUCCGCUUUGGGGAGACUACGAGAGACAGUUACAAGUCGGUUAAUGUGGAUGUGGAGAAGAUGAUCAUUCAUCCGAAGUACGACAUCAACAUCGUGUACAAGGCGGAUAUCGGCCUGAUUAAACUGAAGCAGCCCAUCCCUACCUUCACCGACAAGAUCUUCCCGGUCUGCCUGGCCCUCGGCAAGGAGACCUACGCUGACUUCGAUGCCCAAGUCUCCGGGUGGGGGAGAAACAGCUUCGGUGGUGACGUCACUAACGGCCUGAUGGAGGCGACGGUGAGGGUGCUCUCGACGAGUACCUGCCGCAGGGAAUCCGCCUACGAGAAGUUCGAAGUCCACAAGAAGGUCCUUUGCGCCCUGGGUAAGGGCAUCGACGCCUGUCAGGGCGACAGCGGUGGCCCAUUGGUGGUCCUCGAAGGAGACCGUUACAAACAAGUGGGCAUUGUUUCUUGGGGCAUCGGGUGUGCGCAACAGGAAUACCCCGGAAUAUACACCAGAGUAUCCUCUUACAGCAAAUGGAUCCUCAAAAACUCCAAGGACGGCACCGGAUGCCAAUACGGCAAAACCUCGAAGCCUGGCAACAAGAACAAGAACAAGAAGAACAAGAACAACAAGAACAAGCUUCAGCUAGGCCAAAUUCUGAACAACAUGAAGAAGGGCCCGGGCGUGAGAGGUGACGAAGGAACGGCCGAAGAUGGCGAACCAGCCAAAGGAAACAAGCAGAAGAACAAAAAUAACAAGAAAAAGAACAAGAACAAGGGCCAGGGCAACAAGAAAGCCGACGAAAUCGAGAAGCCGAACAACGCCUGGCAGCAGCUCUUCAGCGGAGGAGGCGUAGGGGCCCAGGGCUCCGGAAACAAGGGGAAAGUGAAGAAGAACCAAGUCAAGAAUGGCGAGGUCGCUCAAGACGGUCAAAAGACGAAGACGGGCAACAAGAACCAAGUCGCUGAUGGCGAGCAGGCGCCCUCGGCCGUUGACGCAGCGGGUGAGACGAAGUUGGAGAACUCCUUCACCGAACCCGAAGAAGCUCAAGACGCUUCUGGCGAUAAGAAGAAGAAGAAGAAGAACAAGAAGAAAAACAAGAACAAAAACAACAACAAACGACGGGGAGGAGAAGUAGACCGAGGAGCAUCUGACGAUGGUGAAAGCAACAGCAACAACAAGAACAAGAACAAGGGAAACAGAAACAGAAACAGAAACAGGAACAACAAGAACAGAAGAAAAAACGGAAACGAGAACAGAUACAGCGACCAGACGUUAGAAGACGCUGACGAGAACGAAAUGAAUCUGGAGAAUAUUCUGAGUGAAGUUGGGGAGGCCCAAGAUAGCAGCCCCGUCGUCGAUAACAAGAAAAACAAAAAGAAGAAGAACGAAAACAAUAGCAACGGAGGUGAAGUAGACCAAGGCAGUUCUGUGGGUACGGAGGCCCCUGACACUAAAAAUAGCAACAACAAACGAAACAAGAACAGAAACAAUAAAAACAGGAGGAAAAACCAGGAAGACGACAAAGACCGAAUUGACUGGGGGAACUUGGAGUCUGCCCUGAAAGGAAUAGGCGGUAUGAUCGUCGGGGAGCAAAAACAGGCUUCCGGAUAAGCCACUCCCCAGCUUUUAUAAACGCAUUCGAAUAUAGGCCUAGUGGUUACAGUCUCAAUAUGUAUACCUAAACUUUACAUACUUCCUUACUCGAAGAGGUAACUGCCUGCCUUUGAAAGGUAAUAACUAUAGUUCAGAGUUUUUUUUUCCUUUGAAAUGUUUUUAAGGGGAGGUUACCAGAUGUUUAUAUGAUUUAGGUAGUGAAUGAUAUGCAGCUGAGAUCUGUAGUCGAUCUUCAGAAAGGAUGUGAGGUUAUGAUUUCACAAGGAUAAUUCUGGAAAACUAAAAAUUAUUUUUCCUCGCGUUUGUGACUGACUGAAAUCACUGACAAUUUUUCUUCUACGCACCAAAUUCUCUGGAGGCUUGAAUUUCAAGACAGUGGCCCCUCUAGUGGGCUUGUUCCGUACGAAUAGGUUUCAACUUUUGAGUAAUAAUAAUGAUGAUGAUAAUACAAUAUAUAAAUAAAGCAUCUCUUGGUAUUAAUGGUGGCAAAUAUCUGAACGAUAAGUCAGGUGUAGUGAUUCUCUAUAAAUUGUGAGUUGAUUGUGAGGUACAAAAGGAUAACCAAUGAGAAAUUUUAUUCCGUCUUCUGUCUUCCAGUUUGGGGCAGGUCCCUAAGGCUACAACUGUCAUCAGGUGACCUUUACAGAGGCAUAUUUUCGUCAUGUGAUGUGAUGAGGUAGACACAUUAGGCCUAUAUCUUUCUAUAGGUUAGUAUUUAUUUAUCUAUUUAUUUAUUUAUUUAUUUAUUCAUUCGUUCAUAUAUACAAUAAUAUAUUUAUUUUAUUUCUUCGUCUCUCUUUUUCUUAUUUUGCUAUACAUACCUCGAUCCACACUGAACUAUGGUGGAAUCUUUUCUAAUAUAUAGUUCUGUGCUAUACCUUGUUACCUCUUUGAUUUUCUUUUGUUUUCUAGUUAACUGCCUUUUGCGUUAUUCUGAUAUAUUUGUUGUUAAUGUUGAUAUGUUUCCGAGAUGCUGAUAAAACUGUUCAGCCCUGCAGAGCAUUAUAAUUAUUUGUUACUUUACUCGUUAAUAUUCUGAAGGCCAGAAGUGAAACCUGGGUUGCAAAAUAAGGCACCAAGAAGACGUUCGAAUUGUGAUUUGUCUUCUCGUGUUUCAGAAGGACCCGAAAAUAUUUUUUUUUGUAAAGAGGACUUUUUUUCAAGAGCCUUAGUCUCCAUAUUUACGUUGCCAAGUUGAUGUGUAUGUUACUCUAUUUAUCUCUUAAUUUAUUUAUAUAUUUAUUGCUGUGGCCUCGUCCCCAGCGACCCAAAUGCUGCAUUUUUACAAUAAAGUAAAAGAAAAUUGUA